UGUGUGUUUCAUCAGGUCUCAAAUCACGAGAACGGUGCAUUUCUGCAGGGAGUAGGUCGAGCUUUUCUAAGAUGUUGGACGGUAUAAAGCUGGAGGAUCACCCCUUACGGUCGGGUCCGGCCACUCUGGGCGUCAUGUUGGGAACCGACUGUCAGCACCCGUCCGUGUGCGAAGGAUGCCAGCGGCCCAUCGCUGACCGCUUUCUCAUGCGAGUCAACGACUCAUCCUGGCACGAGGAGUGUUUACAGUGUGCAGUGUGUCAACAGCCCCUCACCGCGAGUUGCUACUUCCGGGAGAGGAAACUCUACUGUAAACACGAUUACCAACAGCUGUUUGCCACAAAGUGCAGCGGCUGCCUGGAGAAGAUCGCCCCCACGGAGUUUGUGAUGCGUGCGCUGGAGUGUGUGUACCACCUGAACUGCUUCUGCUGCUGUGUGUGUGACCGGCAGCUGCGGAAAGGGGACGAGUUCGUCCUGAAGGACGCUCAGCUGCUGUGCAAGAGCGACUACGAGAAGGAGAAGGACCUACUGGGCUCCGUCAGUCCCGAGGAGUCUGACUCCGAGAAAAGCGAUGAUGAGGAUCUGGACAUCAAGCCGGGGAAGGGCUCGGCGGGGCCGGGGAAGGACGAUGGGAAGGACCCUCGGAGGCCCAAGCGGCCGCGCACCAUCCUCACCACCUCGCAGAGGCGCGCCUUCAAAGCCUCCUUCGAGGUGUCCUCCAAGCCCUGCAGAAAAGUCAGGGAGACUCUGGCUGCAGAGACUGGACUCAGUGUUCGUGUUGUUCAGGUCUGGUUUCAGAAUCAGAGAGCUAAGAUGAAGAAACUGGCUAGAAGACAACAGCAGCAGCAAGAGCAGCAGAACUCCCAGAGACUUGGACAAGGUAGAUCCGGAUUAGGGCGCGGACUUGGACAAGAGGUGAUGUCGAACCGGAUGGAGGGCAUGAUGAGCUACACCCCCCUGGCUCCCUCCCAGCAGCUGGUCUCCAUGGAGACGAACGGCUACAGCACCGACGCUUUCCAGCAGGGCCUCACCCCACCUCAGAUGCCCGGAGACCACAUGAACCCAUAUGGGAACGACUCCAUCUUCCACGACAUCGACAGCGACACCUCCCUCACCAGCCUCAGCGACUGCUUCAUGGCCUCCUCCGAGGUCAGCUCCCUGCAAGCGCGCGUGGGGAACCCCAUCGACCGACUCUACUCCAUGCAGAGCUCGUACUUCGCCUCGUGAAAGCGCCACUGCCUGCGGGCGCCGCACCUCACCCCCGGACUUCACCACUGAACUCACGAGCAUCGCCCCAAAGCAGAGCGGGCACAACAUCAGGAACCACACCAGAACUCCACACAACACCGCACAGCGCAGAACCCAACAGAACCUUUUAGCCCCAGGAGCCUCCACAGAGCACAACUCAACACAGCACAAGCUACAACGUA